CAAAACACGUUAACAAACAAAAGAAGAAAAGUAAACUUAUGUCACGAAACGUAGUACGCAACUCAGAUGAUGAACCCUGUCUGCGCAAUCCUCCGACUUCGUAUGCUAGUGAUCACGCUAGCAAGCAAUGCCUGAUCCUCCAUGCCCAUGAUAGACAUCAUAUCAGCAUCUCGUGAGACACCACUUUCCCAUAUCUUUUCUCGCAAAUCAUCGUAAGCGGGACAUUCAAUGAGGAUGUGUUUCUCGUCCUCCACUCUCCCAGGCGCCCCUUGCACGGCACACAUAGGACAAACACGCGCUACUCGUUGCCUACCCCUUGGGCGAUUAGCUUCAAUGCCCCACCUUGGAGGAUGGCUAGUUGGAAUGUCGCGCAGGACGACACGUGCCUUAUCGCGAUGAUGGGCUAAUAGACUUACAGGCACCUCUUUUUAUAUCGCAUUAUGCGGUCAUCAAACCCAGCGCGCUUUGAUGACCGGGACGGAACCGAUGGCAACGCACGUACACGCGGCAGCGGCAACAGGAGUAGACACGGUGGCUUGCGAACAUCAGCUGUCUUAUCCUUAUCUAUUGGGCUCGUUUCCAUUAUGGCGCUCUGGCAGUCGAGCCAUCACUUUGACCACCAUACCCGCACCGCCAACACACGUACCAUGGGUACAGACGUCGCGCUAAGCACUUCACGGGGGACCGCAGGCGCCGUGACAGCCUCCCAGUCAGCAACCCGAACUGGGUCGGAGCAGGCGCACAACAGCAGGAACACCACAACAGCAGCAGCAGCAGCAGUUACUGCACCCGCAGCAGUAGUUGCUGCCAGCGACGCUCCCUCCACCAACAGCAGCCCCCCGCCGCCUCCAGCAGCCCGCAACCAGCAGCACCGCCUUCCACGUCUCAAACAUCCACACCGCGUGGCCAACUUGAGCGAUGUGCUGUCUGAAAUAGCUGCGGCCCAGACAACAGCAGCUGCUAAGCCAUCCAACACCAAACCCACCGGUACUGUAACCUCCGCCACCGCAGCCACCGCCACCUCCUCAACCACCGCCAACACCACCACCACGUCUACCCCUGCACCUACCACCAAGGCACCAGCCGCCUUCAUGCCCCUUGACUCCUGUCGUCGCUGCGCCUCCUUCUCCGCCUCCGACUUCCUGCCCGGCGCCCCGGACCUGCUGCCCCUGGCCGCGGAGGACCCCGACUGGCGGCUGGGGCUGCCGCGGGAGCUGAGGGAGAGGGUGGAAGCGGCAGGGGCGGGGGCGGGAAGAGAAGGAGC